CAGAUCUGUUUAUUUUUAUAUUUUUAAAUUUAAUUUUAUUUUUAAUUUCUGAAAGGGAAAGACUUUGCACUGUUGGUUUUUGGUCUUAAGUCCUCUUGAGCAGUUGGAAGAUCGGAAGUGUUCAUGUGGUUGAGAAUCCAAGGAGGCUGAAACUAAUUCUCCCAGGGCCAGAACCUGCUUCUCUGAGCCAAGGGAAGGUUCUCAGCUGUGCUGUCCUCCACAACUUGCUAUACAUGUAAAUAACACCCCGGAAGGCCAUUGGUUACUAGCAACCUGUUAUCUGGAAUGUGCUUUAGAAAGAUCUAUCUGGAAAUCCUUCAUGAAUGGGAAAAUGCUUUUAAAAACCAAAGAUUUAAUAUAACAACCGGGUUUGCUGAGAGGAAAUAUUUCCUAUGAGUUACAAAUGGACUCAGUGACCUUUGAGGAUGUGGCUGUAUACUUUGCCAAAGAAGAAUGGAGCUUACUGGGUGCGUUUCAGAGAAACCUCUACAGAGAUGUGAUGCUAGAGAACUACCAGAACGUGGCUAUCCUAGGAGUUCAGCUUGUCAAACCCAGCCUGGUCUCUUGGUUGGAGGAAGUAAAUUCGUUGACUGUAGUGCAAGAAGGCAUUGUCCAGGAAUGGAAAGUGGACCUUGAGACAAAAGAGACAGAACUUCAGCUGGAUAGUUUUUGGUCAGAUAUAUCAAAGGAGAUACAACGGAGAAGAUUAACAAAGGCUGGAAGCUACAAUGGAGGGGAGCUCUAUGACUCUAAAAUGGGCAGAAAAUUCUUCAGUGAACACCCAUGCCUUCAGACACACAUGGAUAUUCAAAAUACAGAGAAGAUUUCUGAAUAUAAUUGGUACAGAAAAGACCUACUUCCUUCAGCCAAGAAAGCCUCUAUUGAUGAGAAACUUUCAGUGUUGACUCAAUGUGAAGAAGCCUUUUCCCUGAAGCCAAGCAUUGCUUACCAGAGGACGUGCAUUCUGGACAAUUCCUUUGAAUGCAGUGAUUGUGGAAAAGCCUUUAUUAAUCAGUUGCUACUUCAGGCACAUUGCAGAGCUCACAGUAAAGAAAAUUCUUAUGAAUUGGAGCAAAGUAAGAAAGCUUUUACUCAAUCUACAAAUUAUUCUGCUUUAGAGAAACACUAUGAAGGUAAAGAAUGUGGAAAAGCCUUCACUGUACACUCAGGUCUUACUACACAUGUACAAAGUCAUAACAGGCAGAAGUCUUAUGAGUGUACAGAGUGUGGGAAAGUGUUUGGUAAAUGCUCAGGGCUGAUUGAACAUGUGAGAAGUCAUAUAGGAGAGAAACCUUUUAAAUGUAGCCAAUGUGAAAAGGCUUUUGCUUCUUCAUCUUAUCUUACUGCACAUUUGAGAACUCAUACUGGAGAGAAGCCCUUUGAGUGUACAGUAUGUGCAAAAGCAUUUACACGCUCCUCCUACCUUCGAAUUCACAUGCGAACUCAUACUGGAGAGAAACCCUAUGACUGUAAGGAGUGUGGGAAAACCUUUGCUGUGCGCUCAUGCCUUAAUAAACAUUCACGAACACACACUGGGGAGAAGCCUUAUGAUUGUAAGGAAUGUGAGAAGGCUUUUACUAGCUUUUAUCAGCUAACUGAACAUAUGAAAAUCCACACUGGUGAGAAACCCUUUGAAUGUCAGGUGUGUGCAAAAUCAUUUAGGAAUUCCUCAUGCCUUAAGAAGCACUUCCAAGUUCACACUGGAAUAAAACCAUACCAAUGUAAGGACUGUGGGAAAGCCUUCAGUGGACGAACUAGCUUUACCACUCAUGUGUUGACUCACACUGGGGAGAAACCUUAUGAGUGUAAGGAAUGUGGGAGAGCCUUUAGUACAUCCUCAGGCCUUAUUGAACACAUAAGAAGUCACACAGGAGAGAAACCCUUCGAAUGUUAUCAGUGUGGAAAGGCCUUUGCAUCUUCCUCAUACCUUACUGCGCAUUUGAGAACUCACACUGGAGAGAGGCCAUUUGAGUGUACAAUGUGUGGUAAAGCAUUUACACGGUCCUCCUAUCUUUGUAGACACAUGAAAACUCACACUGGAGAGAAGCCCUGUGUAUGUAAAAAUUGUGAGAAAGCAUUCAGUGGGUGCUCAUGCCUCAGCAGGCAUAUAAGAACACACACUGGAGAGAAGCCCAAUCUGUGUUAGCACUGUGGAAGAGCAUUCAUCAGCUUUUCUUAACUUACUGAACUCAUUCAUAUUGGUGAGAAGCCUUUUGAAUGUCAGAUAUGUACAUGAUCCUUUAGAAAUCCUACACGCCUUAAGUUGUGCUUCUGAAUGCACACUGGACUAAAACCAUAUCAAUUUAAGGACUAUGGAAAGGACUUAAGUGUCCACACUGGCUCUAAUAUACGUGUACUGACUCACAGUGGGGAAAAGCCAUAAGAAUGCAUUGAAUGUGAGAAUGCCUUCACUCCUUCCUCACCUUUCACAGCUAAGAAGUCACACAGGAGAGAAGCCUUUUGAAUGUCACCAGUGUGGAAAGCCUUUGUUUCCUCCUCAUCUCUUAAUGUACAUUUGAGAACUCACACUGGAGAGAAGCCCUUUGUGUGUACAGGAUGUCACAAAGCCCCUACUUCUGUAGUCACAUGAGAGUGCAUGCUGGAGAGCCAUCCUAUGUAUAUAAGAACUCUGGGAAAUCCUUUACUGAACGCUUAGCCCUUAUUAAACACUGCAGAAAACAUACUGUAGAAAAAUCCUGUGAAAGCUUCUACUGUUUACACUUGAACAGCUCUACACUCUAAAUGGAAAUAAUAUGAGAAAGGCAUCACUUAUUCUUCUGAUCAUAUGGGACAUAAAUAAUCACAGAGUGGAACUCUGAUUAAAGAAUGAGAAAGUUCAUUAAGAAGUAUGCACAUUCCCAUAUUCACAUUAUCACGCUCGGCACAGGUAGUCAGCUGUCCUAGAAGUGCUUAACAGAUGUACUGUUCUUUCUGAUUAUGGGUCCCAGUGCUCACGUCAGUCCACUCAUAACAUCUGAAACUCCAGCUCUAGGGAGAUCUGAUGUUUCUGGCCUCUGUGGAUACUUGUACUCAUAUGUCCUUAUGGUACUAUGCACAUACCUCAUACUCAGACAUACACAUAAUUUAACAUAAAUCAUAAAAAUUUAUGAGGGCUUCACAAUCAAGAUGCUCCAUGAAGGUAGUGAAAUACAAAAAGUCAGCUCACAAUCUGACAAAUAGACCACACAAUGUAACAUGGAAACAUCAUUAUUUCCUUAGGUUUUGCUAAGUAUGUGAACAAUUACAAUAAAGCAAAAUACUAUUGAUAUGUGA